AUGUCUGCAUUGCCAGUUUCGCCUCUAUCGGCACCGAUCUCCCCGGUUGCCCCGAUCGUCACGCCAGCCUCUAUCAGCGUGAUAACGGCCUCCGGAAGCAGCGCCUCCGGCAGCGGCAAAUCGGCCGCCACCACGUCAUCGACGACACUCACGGCUGGAGCAUCUACCGUGCCGGCAUCGUUCACGGCGGCGCUGCCAGGCUCGUCCGCAUCGUCCGUGUCGUUCCAGCGCAGGAUUGCCACUGUCGCAGGUUCAUCUGCCAGUGGCUCUCGCAUCCAACCCAACCUCCCCUCCACCAGCGCGCAGCAUGAUAUUGCCGAAGCACGCCAGGCCAUCGAUGCCAGCAUUGCCAACCUGCUCGACACCCAGUUACAGGACCGUGCCACUCUCAUGCACGAAAAUAUGCGCUCUAUCGCGGGCCAACAGCGAGAUCUGAGCCGUGCCGUGGCAGGCCUACGCAAGGCCAACGACGGCUUGACGCGGCUCGUGCACGAAUUCACCGGGUCGUACAAAGAAAUGGGCCACGUGCAGAACUGGGCCGAGAUACAAUAUCAGAAUAUCUCAGCGCUGGAGGAGACAAUGCGCCUGGUGCGGGAGCGACGGGCACGGGAGGAGCAGAGGGAGGAGCGGCGCAGACUUCGAGAGGAACGACGGAGGCAGAGAUUAGGCAACGAUGGCGAAUGUGCAGCAGGUGAAGGGCGUGCCAGAGAACACGAUGGUGACCAGUAUGACGACGACGACGAAGACGACGAUGAUGAUGGUAGCUGGAGCUCGAGCGGAAGCUAUAGCGGAAGUUACACCGGCAGUUACACCGGCAGCAGCCGCAGUCACAGUCGGUCGAAAAGCGAUACUGGUGAUGGGGAAGCAAUUCUUGCAUCAGUGCCCGUUGCAUUGGCUGGCACAACGUGCAACAAUGCGGCAAUUGAGGUUGACAGAGUCGAGGUCGUUAAAGCCGAAAACGAGGCGGACGGUCACCUUGGAGCUAAAGGAAAAGCGACAGAGGCCACUGUCAUUAUUGGGCAGACAAAGGGGACUGGACAGGAGGCCGCUCACUCUCUCAUGACUGUCAAGUCGUCCCCUUCCGCCAAUACUGUAGAGAGAGAAGUCAACAACGCAGGCAGCCUAGCAGAAUCAAGUCCCAACCUAGACCAGGGGAAGGAGAAAGAUACAGAGAUCGCAAAGAAGGAAGAGCUGCCUCGACAAGCUAUACUGGCCCCUGUCACGGAUGUGGAGAAGGAAAAAGACACAGUCAACAGCAACAAGAACGAAUAUAAAAACGAAGGUGUUGAAAAUAAGACAGGAGGGACAGAAAUUUUGGAUUUUCAAGUAGAGAAGGAUGGGACCACUUCGGCGGAAGAGCAGGAUAUGUCAUCCGAAAUGCUUAAUGAGAACCACAGUCGAGAAAAGUCAUGCGAUGCGGGCGUGUCCCGCACCAUUAUCGAGGUAAAAGCACACCAGGCAGAUAACAACGACAACGCCGAAAUUGAGAAAAACGAAAAGGUGGAAGACGAGGGGAGCAUGAAAACUGACAAUUUGCACAACGACGAGACUCGGCAUGCAGGGGGCAAUCAUGAUACUGCAGAUAACGUUAUCCCAGCCGACAGUCAGUUGGAAGACGUCCAGGGGGAACUGCUGUUGAGUCUGCCAGAUGCUCCAACGGCAGAAAUUAUUCAAAAUCCGACACGCCACAAGGAGGGAGAGGCGAAAGUACCGCUGUUAGACUGA